AUGGGUUUCUUGCGGAACAUUGGGCUGGCGAUCCUGGCGAUUUCUGGCCUGAUCUUUGUGGCUUUGUUUGGAAGGCUGCCUGUGUUUAGGAAAACCCCGAUUGGUUUCGCCCACCGAACAAUCUGGAUAUAUAUUCCCAAUGGGAUAGCCUCACUCGACAGGCAUCUUUUUGGGGGCCGGUUUUUCCAGAUCUGGAACCGACUGGGAAGCUAUAUAUUACAUGACAACCAUCCGUUAAUUUUGAUAUUUUUCGUCUCGCUUCUUUUAGGAGGCGAGUAUCUAUUCAUACCGACAGCGUGGUCUAGGAUCUCCACUGUCCACCGGUUUCUCAUCCCGGUGGCGGUGCUGCCGCCAUAUUUGCUUUUAUAUGCUUGCGUUGUGACCAAGUCAUUUAUCACCCCAGAGAACCAUGCAAGAGAGCUUCAUCGGUAUCCUUACGAUCGACUUCUUUUCCAUGCCGGACACGAUUGCAGUACCUGCAGAUUUCCAAAGCCCGCACGCAGUAAACACUGCAGUAUCUGCAAGGCAUGCGUCUCUCGACACGAUCACCAUUGCGUGUGGCUGAUGAACUGUGUUGGGCUACAUAAUUACCAAUACUUCCUGUCUUUGCUGGUAUCCGUCUCUGCCCUGCUGAUUUAUGGUUCUUAUCUUGGCCAUGAGCUACUGAUCCAGACCUUGGACGAGCUGGACCCGUCUAGACUACGGUCUAUCACGCAGUGGAGUAGCAUUGACAACUGGAUGACCUUUUUCAACAUCUGGGCACUGGCUAUCGCGGCAGACAUCCGGAUCGGAUUCGUCUAUUUGCUUGCUGUGAUGUGUAUUCCGUUAGCCCUGGCGUUCCUGGCGUAUCACACCUAUCUGGUCUGGGCUGGAAUGACGACCAACGAAAGUGCCAAGUGGGAUGACUUGAAGGACGACAUUGCGGAUGGCUGUGUAUUCAGGUCCACCAAGAAAGAGAUCUAUGGAGACUCGCCUGUGCCCGCUGGGUUGCGAGAUGAUCAUCCUACCUGGCCUAUGACCAGCGACCAGAUCAUCCUUGUUACGGAUGGCCAGCCUCCAGCUGACGGGUUCAUGCUGUCGUCAAGGAGCAACUACAUCGUCCAGCAGGAAGGGCAGAGGGGUCCAAUCGAUCCCCGAUGGAGGUGCGUGCGGAGUCUGCGCGAGGUGGAUAAUAUCUAUGAUCUGGGAUUUUGGGACAAUCUACGUGAGGCUCUUAGACUCCGUUUCAACAGCCGGAAAUCUGCAGUGUCGCUCUUUACGUUUCCUACUCCAUCUCGUGGUGCUCUUCUUCCUUUCAAGAUGGGUGACCGUUCUGGAACGGAGAGCAAGCCAAAAUGUACCCCUGCAGAACUAAUGUUGAAGGUGAUUCUGGCGGGGACCUUGAGCCACUAUGAGACCCGGGGCAUGAUCGACGACAAACGGCUGGAUCACAUGUUGUCUGCUGGGAAGCAAAUCCUGUACAGGACUCAUCAAGAGAGCGAAGUCAGACACAACCUGGGCCUGUCGCCGGACAUCUGGCAAGGCCUCUCCGCCGUCUUGACCAAGGCUAUUCCUGUGCUCGAGUCGCAAUCCUUUGCAUGGAAGAGCCCCCCGACAGCGAACUACGACCAUUCAUCGUCCAACCUGAUUGCGUACAAUUACUUUUCGUUAGUGAAGGAUAUCGAGCGUCUGAACGAUUUGUGUACGAUCGCACGCAACCUGCUGGCCACGACCAAGAAGGCCCAAAAUCUUGCUGCCGAGAAAGGGUUUGAUCAGCGGAUCCUGGCUCUGGUGGACACUUGUGUGCGAGUGACGGCUCGAGGGUUCGACGGAGAAACAAACGCCAGGAACGAGGAGAGAUGGCAGAAGGUGGUGAAUCUCUACAAGCGGCUGCUGAUCACCUGCCUACAAUUUCUACACAAUUUCAUCAUGCACAACGAGCAACGAAAGAUGGUCCUUUGGCUAGACCUUUUCGGAUACCAUUCAACUGGCGACUCGAACAUCAUCCAGCCCAAGGAACCUUUGGACCAUGCUAACAGCCAGCCCGAGGGCGUUGCGCCCGUUGUAAAAACUGGAGAUAGGAUCGUCAACCCCCCGAUCAGGGCACUUUACGACCAGACUGCCGAAGACCUUCUUCUAGAGACCAUAUCCAACUUUCCCCGAGAGCCUGCUACCAUCAAAGAGGAGGCUGCCAUGCUACUUCUCGCGAACAUCAAAGAUCACAUGGAGAAACUCCUGGGCCGUGAUCUGACGGCGAUCCAGGAAAUGGGCAAAGACCCGGAACAAGUGAAGGAGAUCCGCGCGGCGCUCACUGCUAUCCUCGGUGCCAAGGUGGAUGGAUGGUCAGAUUUGCAGGAUCGAGCGAAAGAGCUGCCCCCUGCACUUCCAGAAGAUGAGCCGCCGCGCAAGAAGGCGAUUGUCACCAUUGACCGCAGUGCAACGGCUGGCUUCCCGCGUAUCUGCUGGGCGGAUCUGCCUGAUCUGAGUGAAUACGUCGGUCUUGCGUCAGGCGAUGCGCCGGUGACCGAGGAAGAUACAAGCAUGCCGCGCUCCGCUCAGUCUGCUGCCGAAACUCUCCAGGAAGCGAAAGAUGAGCUGAUGGCUCGACUGCAGGAGACCUCGCAGAUUGCUGGUGAUGGCGAUCCCGACUACGACGGUGCCGAUGCGGGCGUUGGUGACGAUGACGCGCGCAGUCUGGAGGCUGUUGCGGAAGGGAGCAUCGAGGAAGAAGAGGAGGAGGACGAUGACGAGGACGAGGACGACUACCGUGGCCGACCUGGCGACCAACAGCGAGGCCUUCUUACUGAUGUUCCUCUGGUACUUGGUCCUGCUGAGAUCGAAGCUCUCCCCAUGAUCAUUCAAGCCGGUAUUGUUGACAGCUUCGGUCUGAAAGGUGGCGAGCGGAGCGGUCCACGGAACAUGCAGGCUCUUCGAUGCCACAUCCUGCUGACCCAGGAGACUGGCCGUAACCUGUUGCGGGAGCUUCUGAUCUUCAUCGCCGCAUGGGACCUUCCUGACGAUGAGCUGUACUUCAAGAUGAUGGUUCAGAUCAUGGAGGCCGUCCUGAAGAAUGGGUUGAUGUCGCAUGCGUACUCAGAUUUCGGCCAACCCAAGGACAUCAUUUCCCCUGCCCAGGCCGUGGUGAUCAAGAUCCUCACUCACAUCUUUCGAGCAAAGUACUCACCGGCGUCGGUGACCGGCUCGGCACAGUCUGCCAACCCUACCAAGAGCCCCGGCCCCUUGUCCCGGGUUGACAUCCUGACGGUUCGAUACAUCUUCACCAUCUUCCGUGGCAAUAUCAUUCCCGAGACCUGCGCUUUGAUCUACCUGCAAGGUCAGAUUCGCGCGGGACGCGCCCUCCCCGAAGACUUCCCGCUGAAUCUGUGGGACAUGGAGCGGGUCUACGAGGGUGUCUAUCAAUUCCUGGAAUUCUUUGCCGUGCUCACGGAGAACAAUGACUGGAAGAAUCUGCUGGUGGAGUGGGAAAUUGUGUAUGACCUGGUGACGUUGAUCAAAGAGCUCGAGGCCAGCAUUCCCAAGGGCAACCUGAGCUCCCUCUCCGCGGGGGGAUCGCGCAGCACGCCAACCAGGGAGAUGGCCACCGGGCCCGUCUCGGUUGAACGGCCCUACGACCCCAGUGACCCAGACCCAGCGGACGCGGGCGCGUGUAGCGCCGGGUCUGGCGCCGAGUCGCCGCCGAUCACCGAGGACCCGUCCGAGUUUGAAUGGCGCAACCUUAAGAAGCUGGUUGUCCUGGUGCUCUCGUCGUUGGUCUGGAAGUGCCCGGACGUGCAGAACCAGAUUCGGCGGUAUGGGGGCGUGGAGGCGAUUCUCUCCUGCACCAACUUUGACGCGCACAACCCGUACAUCAAGGAGCACGCGGUCAUGUGUCUCAAGUUCCUACUCGAAGGCAACAAGGAGAACCAGAAGUUAGUUGAGGAGCUCGAGGCUAGGGAGGUUGUCAAGGACAAUAAUGGUCUGCUGGAGCGAAGCGGAUACGAGGCCAUGAUUGAUCAGGCGGGAAAACUGGCUUUACGGCAGAAAGAGUAA